AUGUGGGGACAAAUAAACUAUGCUAUAGUGGGAAUAAAAAAGAGAGAGAGAGACAAAUCAAGCUGGAAUUAUGAAAAAUUUAAGUCUUCUCUCAUAAAAAUUUUUAUCUCAGAUCCUACUAAAAGAGUGUAAACAAGCAUUUACUUACUAAUAUAGAAAAGUUCUUCAUUUUUUUAUUUAUUUAAAUGA